GCCCCAUCCCCGGCUCCCCCCACUUCCUCCCCUCUGGCCACAUCCCUUCCUCAGGACCAGACUCCUCCUGCCUCUCCCCAUCUUCAGACUCCCCCCACUUCCUCCCCUCUGGUCCCGCCCCUUCCUCAGCACCGGACUCCACCGGCCUCUUCCCUUCUUCAGGCUCCACCCAUUUCCUCACCUGUGGCCCCACCCCUCCCUCAGGAUCAGACCCCUCCUGCCUCCCCGCCUUUGCGUACUCCCCUUAUUUCCUCCCCUCUGGCCCCGCCCCCAGCACAGGAUCAGACUCUUUCUGCCUCUCCCACACUGAGGACUCCACCCACUUCCUCUCCUCCGGCUCCACCCUCUCUACGGGACCAACCUCCUCCUGCCUCUCCCCUUAUGCAGGCUCCCCCAAGUUCCUUCUCUCUGGCCCCGCCCCUUGCACAGGACCUGACCCCUCCUGCCUCUCCCCCUCUUCAGGUUCACUCCACUUCCUCCCCCCUGGCCUUGCCCCCUCCACAGGACCAGACUCCUCCUGCCUCUCCCCUUCUUCAGCCUUUGCCCACUUCCUUCCCUCUGGCCCCACCCUCUCCAGAAGACCAGACUCCUCCUAUCUCUUCCACUCUGCAGGCUCCCCGUACUCCCUCCCCUCUGGCCUCGCCCCCUCCAAAGGACCAGACCCCUCCUGCCUCACCCCUUCUACAAGCUCACACCUCUUCUGCCUCCCUCACCCUUCAGGCUCCACCCACCUCUUUCCCUCUGUCUCCAUCCCCUCUAGAGGACCAGACCUCUGCCCAAUCCUCUCUUCAUGAUUUACCCUCCCCAUGCCCUACAGGCUCAGCCCCUCCACAAACCCAGACCCCUCCUACUUCUCCCACUCUUCAGGCUCCCCCUACUUCUUUCCCUCCGACCCCACCCCUGCUCCAGGACCAGACCUCUCCUGCUCCACCCCUUUUCCAGUCCCCAUCCUCCUCCUCCCCUACAGUCUCACCUGUCAAGGCUUCACCUUCUCAUCCUCCCUCUCCUCUGGCCCUGCCCUCUCUGAAGACUCCAUCCCUUCUACCAACACUCACCGCAGUCUCCCACCCUGUUUCAGUCCCAGAUCAGGCCCCUCCUCUUGUCUCGCCUGCAAAUCUCCCUCCAUUUCGGGACCCACCUCUACUCUCUCCACAGCCUCCAUCCCCAGAUACUCCUGUGAUGCCAGCCCCUCUUCCUAACACACCCCUGAAGUCUCAGGCCCUUCCCCUGCCACAUGCUACCCCUGAAGCUUUCCCCUGGGUCUUGCACGCGCCACAGCCCCCAUCCUCUGCUCCGACUCCAUCUUCGGGCCUCCCCUCUCUGCAAGCCCCACCCUCUCCACUGGCAGCACCCUCUCUUUACGGGGCCUUAGCCUCUGCCCCUGCCUCACCCUCUCUGUUGUCCUCUCCAUCUGUUCUAGCGUCCUUCUCAGGUCCCGCUCUACCCUCUCCACAAAGUUCCCCUUCUCUGCGAGCUCCGCCCUCUCCUCAGCCUCUGCCCUCUCCUCAGCCUCUGCCCUCCACCCCGGCCCCACCCUUGACACUGGCCUCACCCUCUCUUCAGGUCCCACCCCCUCUUUGGGUCUCGGCCUCUCCACGGGCCUCUCCCUCAAUUCUGAGCCCAGCCCCUGCUGCCACCCCAUCUUCUGGGCAGACCCCACCCCCAGCUCUGGUCCUCCCCUCUCCGCAGACCUUGCCCUCCGCUCUGCCCGCGGCCAGGCUGCGGGCCCCCCUGGCUCCCCAGGCCCUGCCUGGCCCCGCUCCCUGCGAGGCCCAGGCUCUCACACCCCUCCCCAAGACCCCGCAGUCUCUGGCACUAGCCCCCUCUCCAGGGCCAGGCCCGUCCCGAAGCCCAUCCCGAAGCCUGUCCAGCACGCUGAGCGGCCCCGAGCUGGCUGGCCAGAGCAGCAGUGCCACCAGCACCCCCGAGGAGCUCCGUGCCUACGACAGCGACUUGGAUCCUGGGGAGGGGGAGGCGAGGGAGGGAGGCUCUGGGGCCGACCCCAAGCCGCCCAGUCUCCCCUCCCCCCUCCCUGACCCUGAACUUGCUGCCUGCCACCCGGCCGGGUGGAGCUGGCUGGGCAGCGCUGGCAGCGGGGGCUGCGAUCCGGGCAGUCUGGCUUCUCCCCGAGCUCAGCGUGGAAUCCCAGGGGAGCCACUGGGCCCAUCUCUGGCCUGGGCCCCCGGGCCCGGGCCCCCUGACGUCCUGUCGACCAUCUACGAGCCACCAACCGAGCCCUCUGGGGAGGAGGAGGAAGAGGAGGAGGAGGAGGAGGAGAAGAAGACGGAGGACCAAGAGGGAGCACAGAAUUCCCCCCCGGCUCCACAGCCCCCUAAGCCGACUCGGGCCGGGGAGCUGCAGCUGGGAGCCCUGCAGGCCAGCGUGGUCCAGCAGCUGCUGAGCCGGACGCUGCUGCUGGCGGCCGAGAGCCCGGGGGCCCGCCCCACCCUCAGUGACGUGGACCUGGGCCGCUGGGCCGAGCUGCUCUCGCCCCUGGACGAGUCCCGCGCCAGCAUCACCUCCGUCACCAGCUUCUCCCCCGACGAUGUCUCCUCCCCACAGGGUGACUGGACUGUGGUGGAGGUGGAGACAUUCCACUGAUCCCUCCCCCACCACAACCCCUGCCCCUCUUGGGGGACCCCCCCCCCCCCCCCCGGCACCAGGUGGUCCCUUGCUUUCACCCUCUGAGUCCCCAGCCCCUGACUCCUGUCUACUCUCUUUCCCUCCUGCUGCAUUGAGCCAGGGGGCUGAGGGAGGUCAUCGGGGCUCCCGGAGCUGCUGCUCUCUGCUUCUCUCCAGGGUCUGUGCCCCCUCCCCACCCCAUCCUCUCAGGCACCUCCCAGCCCUGCUUCCUUCCACCAGAAGGAAAACCUUACCCCCUCCCUUCCUCCAAACCCAGAAGGCCCUUGGAGGAGAAGCUGUUGCCUGUGGCUAUGCUGGGCUAACACCCAUGUGUAAGUUUUCUAGAAAAAAAAGAAAAAAAAGAGAAAAACCCUUUAGUUUGUAAUAAAGAUGGAAACGUGGACCCGGAA